UUCGAGAUGACAAGAAUUUUGACAGCUUGCAAGGUGGUGAAGACUUUGAAAGGCAGACUGGAGUUUUGCAAGGUGUCUGCUGAUCACUGGAGUUUCUCAAGGACAGGUACCAGACUGUUGAGCAUCAAGGUGCAGACAGCAAACCUGGUGCUGGAAGAUGGGAUGAAGAUGAAAGGCUAUUCUUUUGGCUAUCCGUGCUCCACAGCAGGGGAAGUCGUGUUCAACACGGGGCUCUCUGGAUACACCGAAGCCUUGACAGACCCCAGCUACAAAGGGCAGAUUCUUACCCUGGCUAACCCCAUAGUUGGGAAUGGUGGAGUGCCUGACACGGCUGCUUUGGAUGAAAUGGGCCUCAGGAGAUUCCUGGAGUCUGACGGGAUCAAGGUUUCAGGUUUACUGGUGCUGGAUUACAGCAAUGAGUACAGCCACUGGCAGGCUAGCAGGAGCCUGGGAGAGUGGCUGCAGGAAGAGCAGGUGCCUGCACUCUAUGGGAUUGACACCAGAAUGUUGUCCAAAUUAAUCCGUGACAAGGGCACAGUACUUGGGAAGAUUGAAUUUGAAGGUCAACCUGUGGAGUUUGCAGACCCAAAUAAACAAAACUUAAUUGCAGAAGUUUCAACAAAGGAAGUCAAGGUUUAUGGCAGAGGGAAUCCAAUUAAAGUUGUAGCUGUUGACUGUGGGUUGAAAUACAACAUCAUCCGUCUGCUAGUAAAGCGAGGUGCAGAAGUGCAUUUGGUUCCAUGGGACCAUGAUUUCACUGGCAUGGAUUAUGAUGGACUCGUCAUUUCUGGAGGUCCAGGGGAUCCCCUGAAGGCCCAGGAAGUGAUUCAGAAUGUCAGAAAGGUCCUGGAGAGCAAUCGCCCAGAGCCCCUGUUUGGAAUCAGCAUGGGGCAUCUAAUCACUGGAAUAGCAGCUGGGGCUACUUCCUACAAGAUGCAGGUGGCCAACAGGGGCCAGAACCAGCCUGUGCUGAACACAGUGAGUGGACAGGCUGUGAUCACUGCCCAGAACCACGGCUAUGCCAUCCAUGGCUCUGCCCUCCCUCCUGGCUGGCAGCCUCUCUUUGUGAAUGCCAACGACCAAACAAACGAGGGGAUCAUGCAUGAGAGCAGAUCGAUUUUCACAGUGCAGUUCUAUCCAGAUGCAAAUCCCGGGCCCAGGGACACAGAGUUCCUAUUUGAUUCAUUUAUUUCCCUGGUUAAGAGAGGGAAAGGCACCACCGUUCCCUCAGUCCUUCCCAAGGCUGGAGUGACAGCUUCCAGAGUGGAGGUCUCCAAGGUUCUCAUCCUGGGAUCCGGAGGUCUGUCCAUUGGCCAGGCAGGGGAGUUUGAUUACUCUGGAUCGCAGGCUGUGAAAGCCUUGAAGGAGGAAAACGUGCAAGUUGUCCUCAUGAAUCCCAACAUUGCCUCGGUGCAGACCAAUGAGACUGGCCCAAAGCAGGCUGACGCUGUUUACUUCCUGCCCAUCACCCCCCACUUUGUCACCGAGGUCAUCAAGGCCGAGCGCCCCGAUGGGUUAAUUCUGGGCAUGGGGGGCCAGACUGCCCUCAACUGUGGAGUGGAACUCUUCAAGCAAGGAGUGCUGCAGCAGUACGGUGUGAAGGUCCUUGGGACCUCAGUUGAAUCCAUCAUGGCUACAGAGGACAGAAAGCUUUUUUCUGAGAAACUCACCGAGCUAAACGAAAAGAUUGCUCCCAGCUUUGCAGUGGAAUCGGUUGAAGAUGCUCUGGAGGCAGCUGAGAAGAUUUGCUACCCUGUCAUGAUCCGUUCUGCCUACGCCCUGGGCGGGCUGGGCUCUGGCAUUUGUCCUGAUGAGGAAAGUCUGCUGGACCUCGGGACAAAGGCAUUUGCAAUGACUAACCAAAUUCUGGUGGAAAAGUCAGUUGCUGGCUGGAAGGAGAUAGAGUACGAAGUGGUGAGAGAUGCUGCUGAUAACUGUAUUGCUGUCUGCAACAUGGAGAACAUCGAUGCCAUGGGAGUCCACACAGGAGAUUCUGUGGUGGUGGCUCCCAGCCAGACACUCAGUAACGAGGAGUUUCAGAUGCUGAGGGAUCGUGCCAUCAAAGUUGUCCGACAUUUGGGCAUUGUGGGAGAAUGUAACAUCCAGUUUGCUCUGCAUCCCACCUCUCUGCAGUACUACAUCAUCGAGGUCAAUGCCAGGCUCUCCAGGAGCUCAGCUUUGGCCUCCAAGGCCACAGGGUAUCCACUGGCAUUCAUUGCUGCCAAAAUCGCCCUGGGCAUUCCCUUGCCGGAGAUCCAGAACGUGGUGACAGGACAGACCUGUGCUUGCUUCGAGCCCAGCCUGGAUUACGUGGUGACCAAGAUCCCCCGCUGGGACCUGGACCGCUUCCAGCACACCUCCAGCCGCAUCGGGAGCUCCAUGAAGAGCGUGGGGGAGGUCAUGGCCAUCGGCCGCUCCUUCCAGGAGAGCUUCCAGAAGGCGCUGCGGAUGUGCCACCCCUCGGUGGAUGGCUUUGUUCCACACCUGCCCAUGAAUAAAGCCUGGCCGGACGCUGUAGAUCUGCACAAGGAGCUCUCUGAGCCAUCCAGCACUCGGAUCUAUGCAAUAGCCAAGGCCUUGGAGGAUGGAGUCCCUGUGGAUGUCAUUCACAAGCUCACAGCCAUCGACAGGUGGUUCCUGUACAAGAUGCGCAGCAUUGCGGACAUGGGGAAGAUCCUAAAGGAAGGGAACAGCAUAACAAUUCCAGAAGAGACCCUGAGGAGAGCCAAACAGAUGGGCUUCUCUGACAAGCAGAUUGGGAAAUGCCUGAGGCUGACUGAAGUCCAGUGCCGCCAGCUGAGACAGAGGAAGAACAUCGUGCCCUGGGUGAAACAGAUUGACACGAUGGCAGCAGAGUACCUGGCUGUGACUAACUACCUGUACGUCACCUACAACGGGCAGGAACACGAUGUAAAAUUUGAUGACUGUGGAGUGAUGGUGUUGGGCUGUGGACCAUAUCACAUAGGCAGCAGUGUGGAGUUUGAUUGGUGUGCUGUCUCCAGCAUCCGCACGCUGCGUCAGCUUGGCAACAAGACCGUGGUGGUGAAUUGCAACCCGGAGACGGUGAGCACGGACUUUGAUGAGUGUGACAGACUGUACUUUGAGGAGCUGUCACUGGAAAGGAUCCUGGACAUCUACCAAUAUGAGGGAUGCAGUGGCUGCAUUAUUUCUGUCGGGGGGCAGAUUCCCAACAACCUGGCAGUGCCGCUGCACCAGAGCGGAGUGAAGGUUCUUGGCACAAGUCCUCUGAAGGUUGACCAGGCAGAGGAUCGCUCCGUCUUCUCAGCUCUCCUGGAUGAGCUGCACGUGGCCCAGGCUCCCUGGAAGGCAGUCAGCACCCUGAGAGAUGCAGUUGAUUUUGCAAGGUCUGUGAGUUACCCGUGUCUGCUGAGGCCCUCCUAUGUUCUGAGUGGGUCUGCAAUGAAUGUCGUAUUCACUGAAGAGGAAAUGAAGAAGUUCUUAGCAGAAGCCACCAGAGUCUCUCAGGAUUACCCUGUGGUACUCACUAAAUUUAUUGAAGAUGCCCGUGAGGUGGAAAUGGAUGCUGUAGCCAAGGGAGGAAGAGUGAUUUCACACGCCAUCUCCGAGCACGUGGAGGACGCGGGCAUUCACUCGGGGGAUGCCACCCUCGUGUUCCCCACUCAGACCAUCAGCCAGGGGGCCCUGGAGAAGAUCAAAGCUGCUACCAAAAAGAUUGCCAAAGCUUUUGCCAUCUCUGGUCCAUUCAAUAUCCAGUUCUUGGUGCAAGGCAAGAACGUGCUGGUGAUAGAGUGCAACUUGCGGGCGUCACGCUCCUUCCCCUUCGUGUCCAAGACCCUGGGGGUGGACUUCAUCGAUGUGGCCACCAAAGUGAUGAUUGGAGAAGAGCUUAAUGAGUCCUCCCUCCCCACCAUGGAACAUCCCAUUUUUCCAUCCACAUAUGUGGGGAUUAAGGCCCCAAUGUUUUCGUGGUCCAGGCUGAGGGAUGCUGACCCUGUUCUCCGGUGUGAAAUGGCCUCUACUGGGGAGGUGGCAUGCUUCGGGGAGGACGUGUACUCUGCCUUCCAGAAGGCUCUGCUCGCCACAGGCUUUACGUUUCCCAAAGAAGGAAUUUUGAUUGGAAUCCAGAAGUCCUUCCGCCCCCGAUUCCUCAGUGUAGCAGAACUGCUGAACGAGCAAGGCUUCAAGCUUUAUGCCACAGAAGCCACCUCAGCCUGGCUCAGUGCUAAUGGCAUCCCUGCAGACCCUGUGGCGUGGCCGUCGCAGGAGCGCCAGAGCCCGAGCCUGCCUUCGGUCCGCAGGCUGGUGAGGGAUGGGAAAAUAGAUCUGGUGAUAAACCUGCCCAACAGCAACACCAGGUUUGUCCAUGAUAAUUAUCUGAUCCGGAGGAUGGCUGUUGACAGUGGGAUUGCUCUGCUCACUGACUUCAAGGUGACAAAGCUUUUUGCUGAAGCUCUCAAAUACUCUGGGAAAUUGGACUCCAGGAGUCUCUUCCACUACAGACAGACUGACAGUGGAAACACUGCAUAGAACUCUCUCCAGCCUGCAAUCUCACUGCUUCUGGUACCUCAAAAGAGUGGGCAUUUCAGAUCACCCACCUAACUGUCUUUCCAUGUAUUUUGCUUUUGCUUGGUCUUUUUCAGCCUGCAGAUUUGAUGGGAGGAGAAGGCUGCAUGUGUGUGUCCUACAAUUGCUUCCAAGUUCUGCUCAGUCCUUCAGGCUGUCAUUGCCAUUUUUUACAUUCUCAUUCAAUAUUGUGAAUUCAUGUGGCUCUCCCCAUAUCAUAAAGACUCUCAGCCUUGUUUCUGGCUUUGAAAGAGGAGAACUCCCCGAAGACUUCCACAUGUUGCUGUCCAACAUUUUGUGCCGUAAUUGUGGGCAUUAAAAUCAAAUCCUUUGACAAUGAAGUGAAAGUGUGGCAGUGCUUCACCCCCUCCCAGUUGAAUGACCCUGCCAUUUCCAUUCCCACUUUCUCUGCUGCUUUCUCAGCCCUGGCAGCACCUUCAGCUGCUGCCUGUGGAGCAGAUCCCUGCUGCAGCACGUGGGCAGUCUGUCCUUGGCUGUCGGCGUGGCAGAAGGCUCCAGCAGCUCUGUGGCCAGCAGCACUGUGUCCUGCAGCGUGUGCAGGGCCCUCUCUAACCUGUUCCAGCUCAGGAACUCGUGUGUGCCUCGCUUUGCCUGCGCUGCAGUGUGAGCACAGCACACCCAGGAGCUGGGAGUAUUCACAGCUGCACGAUUCUCUGGUACUUGCUAGAGUAAGCUGAAGUGGAACCUUUUCUUCCAGCCACACUCAGCCUGCCUGAGAUCCCAAGGCACUGCUAGCCUUAGGUACCUGCCUCUUCUGUAUCCCUGAAUGCCUGCAGGCCCUGCCAAGGAACGCUGCUGCCUGUGGUGGUGGAGCUGGCUGCCACCUAGCAGUGCUUUUUGAAGCUGUCUACGCUGCAAAUAAUGCACCUAAGGUGGUGUGGAGGAGAUGAGCAAACCUGGGCUGCUGCUUGUGUGUCCUGCCCAUCAGUCCCAAGAAGCUUUGGGUGUGGAGAGAGAAUCAGAGUAAAGAGCUUUUCUGUUUGAUUUUUUUAAAUGGAGACUGAAACGUAUCAGGAAGGAUAUAAAAUCUGAUUAGAGCUGUUACUGAUAAGCAGCAAAGGUAUGAGCAGAGUCUGUGAUGCCUUUAAUUACCAAGGGACUCUGAACCAUGGGUGUCCACUGCCAAGACCAGAUUUUGAGCCAGGCUUUAUUUCUGGUUGCUAUCUCCAGUGCUUUUUUCUUGGUAUUUUUUCAGUACUAUUUUUUGUGAUGAACACAACCCUGCCUGCUGUGCACAGGGAGAGGUUUGCACUUUCAGAGUAGAGAUGUUGUUAAAAAAACACACAACAACAACAACAAAAACCCCCAAACCAAGCAGAACUGCAGAAGAGGCCGAAGGCAGCAAUUGUGCACCCAUUCACUUGUGAAAUGGGUGACUAAUGGUGGUUAAUGAAGCAGCACUCUGAAGGCAACCUGCGCAUAUUUUUUCAGUGGGAAAAAUCCCAUUAACAGCUGGUGUCAUCUCACAUCCACCUACCCCGCUUUCACCUCUAGUAGAGAAAAAGCAAUAUCUUAGGACAUCUGUAUUCUCUUGUUCUUCUUUUAUUUUGUCACUGAUCUUACGAGUUGAAAAUGAAAUAAAUGCCCGGAUUGGGA